AUGACAGAUCAACUAGUGGAUAAGCUGAGAAGCACUCAGAUCAGCAGUGAUAGCACCUCGCCUGCUCCUGGCGAUGAUUGGAAGAAGAGCUUGAAGAUACCCACCAAGGAUAACAGACAACAAACAGAGGAUGUCACAAAAACAAAGGGCCUCGAAUUCGAAAACUUUGCGCUCAAGAGAGAUCUGCUCAUGGGCAUCUUUGAAGCUGGUUUCGAAAAGCCUUCACCGAUUCAAGAAGAAGCUAUCCCUGUCGCCUUGACCGGACGCGAUGUCCUGGCCCGAGCAAAAAACGGUACCGGCAAGACGGCUGCCUUUGUUAUCCCUGCCCUCGAGCGCAUCAACCCUAAAGUCAACAAGAUUCAAUGUCUCAUCCUCGUCCCCACCAGAGAAUUGGCUAUGCAGACCUCGCAGGUCUGCAAGACCCUCGGCAAGCACCUCGGUGUCAAUGUCAUGGUCACCACUGGUGGUACCGGCCUCCGCGACGAUAUCAUCCGCCUUCAGGAGCCCGUCCAUAUUGUGGUCGGAACUCCGGGCCGUAUCCUCGAUUUAGCAGGAAAGAAUGUUGCUGAUCUGAGCGAGUGCCCCAUGUUCAUCAUGGACGAGGCCGACAAGCUUCUGUCUGCCGAAUUUACCCCCACGAUUGAGCAGCUUCUCCAGUUCCACCCCAAGGACCGCCAGGUUAUGCUCUUCUCCGCCACCUUCCCUCUGUCCGUCAAGGACUUUUCCGACCGCAACAUGACCACACCUUACGAAAUCAACCUCAUGGACGAACUCACCCUCCGCGGUAUCACCCAAUACUACGCUUUUGUUGAGGAGAAGCAAAAGGUUCACUGCUUGAACACUCUCUUCUCCAAGUUGCAAAUUAACCAGUCCAUUAUUUUCUGCAACUCUACCAACCGUGUCGAGCUCCUUGCCAAGAAAAUUACUGAACUUGGCUACUCGUGUUUCUACAGUCACGCACGCAUGCAGCAGCACGCUCGUAACCGUGUCUUCCACGACUUCCGCAACGGUGUUUGCCGCAACCUCGUUUGCUCCGAUCUCUUGACUCGUGGUAUCGAUAUCCAGGCCGUCAACGUCGUCAUCAAUUUUGAUUUCCCCAAGAACGCUGAGACCUAUCUGCACAGAAUUGGUCGCUCUGGUCGAUAUGGCCAUCUUGGUCUUGCCAUUAACCUGAUCAAUUGGGAGGAUCGCUUCAAUCUUUACAACAUUGAGCGCGACCUCGGCACGGAAAUCCAGCCUAUUCCUGCCAGCAUCGACAAGAGCCUGUACGUGUACGAUAACCCUGAGAGCAUUCCUCGACCCAUCUCGAACCUUCCCAAGGCUGCUCCUCAGCAGCCCGGUCAAGGUCUCUCCCCCCAGCAGCCUCAGUCGCAGCAGGGUAAUUGGCAGACACAGGGCCAGCACAAUGGCAACUACAACAACCGCGGACGGGGCCGUGGUCGUGGUGGCUAUCGCGGCCGGGGCGGUGGCAGCGGUGGCAGCGGUGGCAGCGGUGGCGGUGGUCGCGGUCGCGGCCCUCCCCAGAUCCAAAACUAA